AUGAAGUACACUAUUUGUUUUUUGUUGACGUUAUUUAUAACAACUAUUUGUUACGAAUAUGACGAUGAUAACGAAGAAUUUGAUGUAUUUUACGAAGAAUUAGAGAGAGAAGAACAAAGUAAAAAGCCUAUAAUAUACGAUUUAAAGGACGCAAAAAAUUUAUUUGGGAAAUACCUUAAGGAUUUUAAUAAAUCGUAUAAUGAUGCUAAGGAAUACAAGGAACAUUUCAAAAACUUCGUUGAUAAUCUCAAAUAUAUAAAUGAAGUGAACUCGUCGGGAAAAUCGUCUAUAGCGGGACUUAAUUCGUUAUCCGACAGUAAUGCGGAGCAAGAAGUUGAAGGAUUUCAAUAA